AUGCCGCGAAGGUCCGAGGAACUUCAGCAGGUGAUUAAGGAGGUGACGUCACAGCUGGGGGAGGAAGACGGCGAGGGGGGAGAUCGUGUCGCGCGAAGUGCGGAUGGCGAUGAGGAGGCCCGCGGAGGGGCGCGGGAAGAGGGGAAUGACGGGGGGAAGGCGGAAGCAAACGCGGAGAUGAAUGAGGUGAUGAAUGUGGAGAGGGACGACGAAGAGACUCCUUCACGAGCGCGAGAAAGCGCGGCGGAGGAAGGGGAAGGCGGAGAAGAUUCUUCGGAGGGCGCGGAACACGCGGAAGGCGGAGAGUUGGCGGGCGAGGCGGAGGAGAAGAGAGAGAAAACCGUUGCUGCUGCUGCUACGGAGGAGGAGGAAGAGAAGGCUGAUAUUGGGGAAGGCAAGCGCGGAAAUGUAGUUCCCCCCGCGGAUGACGACGAAGUGGCGGAGCGGAAGGCGGAAAAGGCGGACGCGGGGGAAGACGAUGCCGGCGAGGGGGAGAGUGGGGAGAAGGCGGAUAGGCGGAGGAAGGAGAGGAGUGACGAUGGAGACGAGGGAGAGGGGGAAAGGGAAGGGGAAAGGGAGGGGGAAAGGGAGGGGGAAAGGGAGGGGGACGGUGAAGGGGACGGCGAGGGGCGGCGCGUGAAGAAAGAAAGUCAGGAGAUUCCGGAGGCAGACGAUGGCCCACGCGCGGAAAAGGAGGGGGAUGACGUGGAAACAGAGGAUGAUGACGUGUCGAAGCGGACGCGCGGAAGGGGAAAGGAGCGGGAGGAGGCGGAGGGUGAAGAUUUGCUUGUGGAAUCUGAGGGGAAGCGCGGGAAUGGGGGGAAAGAUGCGGAGGAAGGGGGGGAUGACUACGGGGGAGACGAGAGGAAGGAGGGGAAGAGGGGAAAGCGUGGUGAUGGGAACGAGGAGGAUGAGAGUGGAGAGAGGGAGAAGAGAGUGAGGGAGGAGGAAGGAGAGGAGGACGGUGAAGGGAGGGAGAAGGGAGGGGAGAAGGAGGAAGAUAUUGGGGAGGAAGGUGAGGGGAGCAAGAGGAGGAGCACUGAGGAGGAUGAGAAUGAGGAGGGGAGGGUGGGGAAGGAGGGAGGUGGGGACGAUGAGGGGAGCAAAGGGAGUGAGGAAGGAGAGGGGGAGGAUAGGCCGCGAGCGAAAGCAGCACAUGAUGACGAGAGGGAGGAGGGCGAGGAGGGGAUUAGGGUACGAGAGAAGAAGGUUGAGGAGGAGGGAGAGGGAGAGGGAGAGGGAGAAAGGGAGGGAGGUGAUGAGGUGGAGGUGGGUGUGAGGAAGAAGGGGAAGGGGAAGGAGAAGAAGAAAAAGAGCAAGAAGGAGAAGAGGAAGAAGAAGAACAAGGGGCGCAAGGAACGGCUUGUGGAGGGUGGGGAGGAGUUGGGGGAGAAGGAGAGGAUAGAGGGGAGGAGGGACGUGGAGGGUGGCAGUGGGAGCGGUGGGGAGGAUGAGGGGAAUGACAUGGAGCGAUCGGAAGAGAUAGAUGACGAGAAUCAGGUGCAGCGAGAAGAACGGGCAGAAGCAGCGGAGUUAGACGGAAAGUCCGAUGCUGCUGACGCAGCCGACGCAGGCAACACAGCCGAUGCAGGCGGGGCAGGUGAGGGAGGAGCAGGUGUGGCAGGUGGGGCAGCAGGUGUGGCAGGUGCAGCAGGUGCAGCAGGAGCAGCAGGGAUGGAGGAGGAGAUGGAUUCAGCUGCAGUGACGCCAGGGCAGGACGAGAUGAUUGCCGGAUCAGGUGCGACUGACCGCAGCACCAGCAGUGGGAACGGCGCAGAUGGAGGUUCGGAGGGAGGCUUGGAGGGAGGCUCGGAGGGAGGCUCGGAGGGAGGCUCGGAGGCGAUUACAGGGGCGGGGGUGGGCGGCGACGUGUUUGGGCGGGCGGGGGAGGGGAGCACAGGCGCGGGGGAGGGCGUGAGGGCAGGGGAGGGGAGCAUGGAUGCGGGGGAAGGGGGGAGCAUUGUUGUGCGGGACGGGGGGAGCAUGGGUGCGGUGGUGAGCGAGGAGGAAAUGGAGAUAUUGAAGCACCUGCAGGAGGAUGUGGCGGUGAGAAUGAGUGAGGAGGAGCAGAUGGAGCUGGAGGCGGGGGCUGUGGCGGAUGCUGAUGCUCACUCGUCGUACAUGCAGGAGGUCAUGGGGAUCCGGAGGAACUUCAAACCGACUUUAAUGGGUGUAAAGGACAAGGCGAGCAAGCACGUCAUGCCACACAUCUCUCAGAUCGCCCGCACAUCCCGCCUGGCCUUCCUCAAGACCAGCUCGCACCUCACCUCGCAGAUCACCCCCUACUUCGGCUCCUCCUCGCCGCUCCUCGCCACCCUCCUCUCCUACCUCCUCCUCCUCCUCCCCCUCGCACUCGUCAUCGGACUAUUCGUGCGCAUGCGCGCUGCUCUCUCUCUUCGCCGCAUCGUGCACCUGGCCAACCUCUACCUCUUCCUCUACUGCUUUGUACUCCUUGUGGCGUGCUUCGUUAUAAGCGCGGAGCCGAUGGCGAGUCUCAAGAAGGUCGCGGAGCAUAACUACUUUGUGCUGCAGCUGCUGCAGGGGGCGGGCUACCUCUGCUACCUGGCACUCCAGGGUCUUUCCUUGUGUGUGACCAUUCGUUCAUCCGAGCGAGGCCAGGGCAAGUUCAUUCGCCUGCGAGCAGUGCUGCAGCUGCUGGUGGCCCUGGGGGUGGGGCUGCACUCCUACGUCACUAUCUUUGAACGCGCCAUGCUCGACCUGCCCCCCAAUGCCUCUGCUGGCACGUAUGCGGCUUAUGCGUGCUGCUUCUUCUUCCUUGUGCUUAUAUCGAGGGGGCCCAAGCGGCACGAGGAUAAGGACAAGUAG